AUGGGCGGAACAAAUCCGAAGCCAACUAUUCCAGCAUCAACAGCUAAUAGUGCUUUGGGUAUAACAACAACAUCAGAUGCCAUAUCGCCAAGACGCCGUAUGAUUCAAAACUAUUUGGUUAUUUGGGUCGAUGGCAACAUUGAUCAAAAUACUGCAGAUUGCCGAAACACAUUGGAGCAACUACGCGCAGUGGUCCGUGAAGUGAGUAUUUGCACAACACCAGCUCAGUGCAUUGAAUUUCUUAAUGAAAUGAAUGACGAAAAAGCGUUCAUCAUUUCAUCUGGUGCAUUAGGAGAAACUCUUGUAAAUGACAUUCACAGCAUACCAAAAGUGGAUGCCAUUUAUAUUUUUUGCGGCAACAAAGCGCGUCAUGAGCCAUGGGCGAAAGAUUGGCCAAAGAUUCGAGGUGUUUUCACCUCGAUCAAGCCAAUAUGCGAAUCGCUGAAAAAGGUCGCCCAUGAGUGCGAUCAUGAUUCGAUCCCGAUGAGCUUCAUUCCGAAGCAAAAAGUGGCAGAAGGGGCAGCAGGCCCGAACCAAAAAAAUCUUAACCAAUUACCGCCAAUUUAUAUGUACUCGGUAAUUUUCAAGGAUAUUAUAUUAGAGAUCGAUGAUGCCGUCUCUAAAUCUAUGAACACCUUAGUGAAAUUUUGCCGAGAAAAAAGUAUUCCUGAACAGGAAAUAAAUGAAUUUAAGCGUAACUACCACCAGAAAUCAGCAGUCUGGUGGUAUACCAAAGAGAUUUUUCUCUAUGGUAUGCUUAAUCGUGGGUUAAGAUCGCUUGAUAUGGAAACGAUGUCCAAAUUAGGAUUUUUCAUUCGAAAACUGCAUCUGGAACUGGAACAAUUGCAUAAGGAGCAGUCGGCAAGUUUCAAGAAAUCUUUUACCGUUUAUCGUGGUCAGGGGCUCAGUCAACAAGACUUUCAAAACCUAAUGGAUUCAAAAGGUGGACUAUUUUCAUUCAGCAAUUUCUUAUCGACUAGUAAGAGAUUAUUCGCAUAUGUCGUUUCUUCUUCGGCAUAUAUGAAUAUUUUGAAUUUGGUGAAGAUAGUAAAAACUGAUGUGACUAACAAAGUUAAAUUACUGAACUUUUCAAACUAUUUACUAUGCUAA